AUGGACGUUCAGGGGCAUCCCAAGCCCAUCCCGGCUUAUUACUGCUGCUAUCUGCUCCGUUCGACCGUUCGGCACGCCUCGCUUUAUAUCGGCUCGACGCCAAACCCGAUCAGACGACUGCCGCAGCACAAUGGAGACGCCAAAGGUGGGGCCAAGCGGACUUCGCGCGACAAAUUACGGCCCUGGGAGAUGGUGUUAGUUGUCGAAGGGUUUAUGAGUCGCGUAGGGGCGCUUCAAUUCGAAUGGGCGUGGCAGCACCCUGAAAAAUCACGUCAUCUUCUAGAAGACGGUGCAGAGCUGGAUAUACAGUCUCAAGUCGCUAUCAAUUCGAAGACGGGCAAGGCCAAGCCGCGAGCCUCUCGAUCAAGAAGAUCACUGACUGCUCACUUGGAAGAUUUGCACUCGCUUCUUCGUUCAGUCUACUUCGUUGGUUGGCCCUUACGUGUUCGCUUUUUCCGUGCAGACGUCCAUCGCGUUUGGAGGAUAUGGAAUGAGCGAGUCGCCGUCCCUCUACCGGAUGAUAAGAUCAUCCUGGAUGGAGACUGCCCAGGCCAAGGCAACAAAGAUCUUGUUGUCGGCAGCAUCAAUGGCUUGUCAGUGGACUAUACCAAACUUGAAGCUUACCUAGAGAAGUCUAUGUUUCUUCUUGAUGAUGCACAAGAUCUUCGAUGCAAACUGUGCAGUGUGGUGGUGGUACCCCAUACGGAACAGAUUGUGGUCUGCCCGCACACAAAUUGCCGAGGUGCACAUCAUCUUCUAUGCCUAUCGAAGGCAUUCCUAAAAGGGGCCGAUGAUUCAGAUCUUCUCAUACCAACGAGGGGAGUCUGCCCAGCGUGCGAUAACACGGUAUCCUGGCCACUGAUGAUGCAAGAGCUCAGCCUUCGCAACCGAGCCGAAAAGGAAGUCCGUACUAUUCUGCGGCGGAAAGAGAGGCGUGAUCGCAAGGAGAAUGCAAAUACAUCGUCUAGCAAGGACAAGGCAGGCCCGGUUCGCCAGGCGUCCGUUGAGCCUAGUCAGCAAGGAUCCCGGGACCAAGGUUAUCCAAUGAACGCCGAUGACCCUCUCUUGGCUGACGAUUGGUACGAAGAAGUCGAUAUAGAAUCAGACACGGAGCAUGGGGCACAAAAACACCGAUCAACACAGCCACCUUCGAGACUAGAGAUUGUCAUUGAAGACAGCGAUUGGGACGACGCCGAGAUCAUCGAGUGA